GUGAUCCCAUGAAGGAAAGAAAAAAAGACAGAAAGAGGGGUGGGGUCUUGGAAAUGGGUUGUGUCAACCUCUAUUUAAAAAAGGUUUGUGUCCAUGCUCUCUUCACAAAUCUCUCUCUUCCAUCUUGUCGAGCUACACCAGUUUUCAUACAAUUUUGCCACCAUGCCAGGGCUUGUGGAUGCAAUAGUAAUCCUCAGGGAUACCUUUGACAAGUUCGCUGGAAAAGAAGGAAGUAAAGAGACCUUGACCAAGGCAGAACUCGCUGACCUGCUCAAGAGUGAGGGUUUUCAGGCUACAAACAAAGCUGAAGCGGACAAAUUCUUCAAAGCGCUGGAUAAUGACGGGGAUGGUGUUGUUGAUUUCCAGGAGUAUGUCACUUUUGUAGCAGCCCUCGCCGUGAUCUGCAAUCUGAAAUAAUUACUUUGGCCACAUUCCCUCAGAACUUUCUUGCCUUAUUUAAUGUGUACUAAAUUUUAAAACUGAGUGCUGAGUCCAACUUGCACCAGUAUUACAGUCACAUCUAUGAAAUAUACAUGUCAUUAUGUUCUGAGGAGGAAAACUUGGUUAUUAUGUUGGUUUAAGGGACUUGAAAUGUGUUGAUUUUGAGUGUGUAUCACUGAUGUUGAAUGUCAGAGGUGACUAAUAAAGAAACAAAAAUAAA